GAUUCUAAUAUGUAAAACCAGGGAAACUUUAAUUCAGUAAGCAUCCAGGCUUUCCAUUAAAUUUUCAGUUUUUGUUAGUUAGUGAAAGAACAACACUAUCAUGUCAAAUGUAGUACAUUUAAGAAUGUACAGUAUAUUUAUAUUAUACUGGCAAAAAAAAUAUGAAAAUGUUCUUGCACACUUUAUAUAUGAGAAAUAUUUUUGGCUGCGUAGAUUCAGUUUAUGAAACAAGAAAAGAAAAAGGAGAAAUCCACACACCAGCACAGAUCCAUUAAAAACUACUUCACUGAAGAUUAACAUAGAAAGUGACAACAAAAUACCAAAGUACACUAACAAAAAAAACAUAUAAAAUUACAUACAUAUCAAUAACACCUCAAAAUAGUAUGAAGGAAUUGUUCAAAACAGACAGGACACUUUUAAACAGUAACACCUGUCUGAAAACAGCCUACACUUAUAACUGAACACUUAUUUAGAUUCCUUUUAAUCCUGUAUGUCUGUCAAAACUGUAUUAACUGAAAAUCAAGUGGUAAACAGAGUGAACAAAAAUCCAUCAAUGCAUACAUUUGAACUGGGUGUUAAUGAUGAAACAACAUCACGAUUGUUUGUUAAUGGGAAGACCAGGUGAUGCAAAUCUGUGCCACUGCUAAUCUUUAAAAUGCCUGGUUAGAUUGGCAAACUGAAUGGUUGAACCUGUGGUCAAAAUGAUUUCUUUACUUAUUAUUUUGUUGUAUCUGUAUCAUCCAUAUAGUGAAGUGUUCUGUUCCCCAAUCAAAUGUGAUUUGCACGUGUCUGACUGGAGUGAUGCUGGGCAUGUACUACAAGAAAACAAAGGACAGACUGAACAUGAUGACAACAAAAAUCAUUUUGAGAAGUCUAAUUCUAAAAUGAAGAAACCAAGUUUUAGGUCAUCUGAGGAGUCUACUUUUAAACCUGAGAAGUUAAAUGUUCUUGUGGAACCCAGUUUUUCCCUUCAAUCUGAGAAGUUCAGUCCUCUAUCCCGUUCUAAGCCAAGUUCUCCUCUCCCUGAGAAAACAAGAAUUUACUUCUCAAAGACCAGUUUUAAACCUGAGAAACAUAGUGCUCCCAUGGAACCCAGCUUUAAAUCUGAGAAACCUAGUGUUCCCAUGGAACAUAGUUCCUCUCCAUAUGAGAAGUCCAGCUCUCACCCUUCUGAGGAACCUAGUUCUAACCCUAAGAAACCCAGUUCCUCCCUCCAGUCAGUGAAGUCUAGCACUCUUCCCUUUGACAAGUCCAGCAUUAAGCUUGAGAAACCUAGUGCUCCCAUGAAACCCAGUUCCUCUCCAUCUGAGAAGUCUAGCUCUCAUCCAGAGAAACCCAAUUCUAAACCUGAGAAACCUAGUGCUCCCAUGGAACCCAGUUCUAAACCUGAGAAACCUAGUGCUCCCAUGAAACCCAGUUCCUCUCCAUCUGAGAAGUCUAGCUCUCAUCCAGAGAAACCCAAUUCUAAACCUGAGAAACCUAGUGCUCCCAUGGAACCCAGUUCUAAACCUGAGAAACCUAGUGCUCCCAUGAAACCCAGUUCCUCUCAAUCUGAGAAGUCUAGCUCUCAUCCAGAGAAACCCAAUUCUAAACCUGAGAAAACUAUUGCUCCCAUGGAACCCAGUUCUAAACCUGAGAAACCUAGUGCUCCCAUGAAACCCAGUUCCUCUCCAUCUGAGAAGUCUAGCUCUCAUCCAGAGAAACCCAGUUCUAAACCUGAGAAACCUAGUGCUCCCAUGGAACACCGCUUUAAAUCUGAGAAACCUAGUGUUCCCAUGGAACAUAUUUCCUCUACAUCUGAGAAGUCCAGCUCUCACCCUUCUGAGGAACCUAGUUCUAACCCUAAGAAACCCAGUUCCUCCCUCCAGUCAGUGAAGUCUAGCACUCUUCCCUUUGACAAGUCCAGCAUUAAGCUUGAGAAACCUAGUGCUCCCAUGAAACCCAGUUCCUCUCCAUCUGAGAAGUCUAGCUCUCAUCCAGAGAAACCCAAUUCUAAACCUGAGAAACCUAGUGCUCCCAUAGAACCCAGUUCCUCUCCAUCUGAGAAGUCCAGUGUUAAACCUGAGAGCUCAAGUUCUCCUCUCCCAGUGAAAAUGAGUAUCUUCUUCUCAAAGCCAAGUUCUAACCCUGAGAAACCCAGUGUUCCUAUGGAACCCAGUUCCUCUAAAAAUGAGAAACCUAGUGCUCCCAUGGAACCCAGUUCCUCUAAAUCUGAGAAGUCCAGUGUUAAAUCUGAGACCUCAAGUUCUCCUCUCCCAGUGAAAAUGAGUAUCUUCUCAAAGUCAAGUUCUAACCCUGAGAAACCCAGUGUUCCUAUGCAACCCAGUUUGUCCCUCCCUUCUGAGAAACUCCGUUUUAAACCUGAUAAACCUAGUGCUCCCAUGGAACCCAGUUCCUCUCCAUCUGAGAAGUCUAGCUCUCAUCCUGAGAAACCCAGUUCUAAACCUGAGAAACCUAGUGCUCCCAUGAAACCCAGUUCUAAACCUGAGAAACCUAGUGCUCCCAUGGAACGCAGUUUCUCUCUCCAAUCUGAGAAGUCUAGCUCUCAUCCUGAGAAACCCCGUUCUAAACCUGAAAAACCUAGUGCUCCCAUGGAACCCAGUUCAAAACCUGAGAAACCUAGAGCUCCCAUGGAACCCAGUUCUAAACCUGAGAAACCAAGUGCUCCCAUGGAACCCAGUUCUAAACCCGAGAAACCUAGUGCUCCCAUGGAACCCAGUUCCUCCCUCCAAUCUGAGAAGUCUAGCUCUCAUCCUGAGAAACCCAAUUCUAAACCUGAGAAACCUAGUGCUCCCAUGGAACCCAGUUCUAAACCCGAGAAACCUAGUGCUCCCAUGAAACCCAGUUCCUCUCCAUCUGAGAAAUCUAGUUCUAAAUCUGAAAAACCCAGUGUUCCCAUGGAACCCAGUUGUUUCUUUCACUCUGAGAAGUUUACGUCUCUUCCAAGACGUUUAGUGAACUUCAGUUGUAAACAUAAACCCUCUGGCCUAAUGGAAUGCAACUCUUCCAUCCUCUCUAAGAAGCUGAGCUUAAAACAUGAGAAACCUAGUGCUCCUCCUUGUGAGAAAUCUAAUCUUGAACCUGAGAAGUGGUCAUCUGUGAAAUCCAACUUUAAACCUGAGAAACCCUCUGGGAAACCAUUUUUUAGAUCAAGGCCCUCUGAGGAGUUCAGUUCAAGCAGGAAGUCUCUUUUACCCUCUGAGAAUCCUAGAUUGUAUUUUGAAUCCAGUUCUCUCUUCUCCGAAACCUCAAGUUCUGUUCUCUCUGGACAAGUCAAUUUUAGAUCCUCUAAGUUAUCUGGUUCUUUCCCCUAUAGGAGUGCUUUACUACUGGAAGAAUCCAAUUCUCUUAUCUCUAAGGUAAAUGGUGCACUCCUGCUUGAAGAAACAAAGUCUUCCUGUGGUUCAAGACUACCAGCAAAAUCCAGUACUCCCUGUUGACCCAAGUGAUUCUGGAAAAUCAAACCACUCAUGUGUUGGUAACCAAAUCUGAAUUUGCCCAAGUUUUGAAUGCCACCAUUCCAUGUGAUUGAUCUUUUUUUGUUUUUGUGUGUGUGUGUGUUAAAGACAUGGCUGGAAAAGUACAGUUUUAUAAUUAAAAAAAAAAAUGUA